CCGGAAGCGGAAGCAGACAAAGCAUGCCGACGACGAAGAAGAAGUGUUUCUGAUUUGGUACUUGUUAAACGCAUUUUCCCGGGUAUGACCCAUGGAUAUAUUCUAAGACUAGAAGCCUUUCUAGCUGGAUUAACUCAUUAAAGCUGUGUGAAGUACAAUGACUCGCCAUGGCAAGAACUGCACGGCCGGAGCAGUCUACACAUACCAUGAGAAAAAGAAAGAUACAGCGGCAUCUGGCUACGGGACACAGAGUAUUCGACUGGGUAAAGAUGCAAUCAAAGACUUUGACUGCUGCUGCCUGUCCCUGCAGCCCUGCCAGGAUCCUGUGCUGACUCCAGAUGGAUACUUGUAUGAAAGACAGGCCAUUCUUGAAUACAUUCUGCACCAGAAGACAGAAGUUGCUAAAAAAAUGAAGGCGUAUGAGAAGCAGAAGCAAGCACAGAAGAGCAACAGCCAGCUUGAGUCCAAGUCAGAGGAAAGAGAGCGGGUGGAGAAGUUUAAAACCAGGGAGAACAGCAUUGUCUCCAAACCCAUCAACCCAUUCACAUCUGGGCAGAACAGAGGAAGUGAAAAGGGCACAACAGAUAGCAGCUCAGCAGAAUCCUCCAGUGCUGCUGGAGCAAGUUCUGCUGCCCCUUCCAGCCAGAGCCUGCCCAGUUUCUGGAUUCCCUCUCUGACACCAGAGGCCAAGCCCACCCUGCUCAAAAAACCAAGUAAGGCUGUGUUAUGUCCCAUGUCAGGACGUCCCAUUAAGAUGAAUGAGCUUAUCACAGUAUGCUUCACCCCGCUGGAUCCGAGCCUGGACAGAGUGGCCCUACUCACCCGCCAGGACAGGUAUGUAUGUGCAGUAACCAGAGAUGUCCUUGGCAACAGUGUCCCCUGCGCUGUUCUCCGAAGCUCGGGUACCGUGGUGACACAGGAAUGUGUGGAGAAAUUGAUCAAGAAGGACAUGAUUGAUCCUAUUACUGGAGACAAACUUUCCGACAAAGACAUCAUACCACUGCAGAGGGGUGGAACCGGCUUCGCUGCCUCCGGGGUAGACCUCCGUGCCAAAGAGGCUCGUCCAGUGAUGCAAGUGUGAGACGAUGGAGGAUCUGAGUAUUACUGUGUUGUCACAAUGAUUCCAUGUUCAUACUUAUUAUAGUUCUAUGGAGUGUAACAGAUUCCUUCACCCAGCCUGUUGUAAACUUUUACCUAUUUUGAUGCUCUUUCUUUGUUGUUUGCUGGUAUAUUUUUCUUCUUGCUGUGGGUAACUGGCAAUUGCUUUUUUUUUUUUUUUUU